AAAAUGGGCGCAAGCACAAGAACGGGAAAGUUUGCGGUCGGAUUUACGGCGUUCGCCUUUUUGUUUAUUUUGAUCGCUUUCUGCUCUCCCUACUGGCUACAAACCGAUGGCGAACUGGAGCAUCCAAAGUUUACCAAUUUAGGACUUUGGGAGCUGUGCUUGCGCAACUUCCAGGACAUUCACCGAUGGUACGACUAUCCGUUCAAUGGCUGCAUGUGGAUAUUCGAGGAGGAGUACUACAUCAUCCACGACUACAUACUGCCCGGGUUCUUCAUCGCCGUGCAGUUCUUUUUCACGCUCUGCUUCACGCUGCUACUGAUGGGCGUGAUCAUGACGCUGAUGUUUUUGAGCUGCUCCCGGGACAACGAUCGCUACAUUAUGCUGCUGCUGACGAACGGGACGGUGCUGCUGCUCGCUGCCCUGUGCGGGCUGAUAGCGGUGGCCACGUUCGGCUGCUACGGCGAUAGCCGCGACUGGAUGCCGAACUGGGAGCACAACGAUAUGGGCUGGUCGUUCGCGCUGGGCGUCGUCGGCACGUUCGCCCUGUUCCCGGCAGGCGUCCUGUUCAUCGUUGAAGCGCGCCGGGCCACGUACCGGAGGCUGAACAGCAUUGCCAACACGGAGAUGGCCGCUGCGUACACGAUGGACGAGCGGAAGUAUCGCGGUGGACAUACCGAUAUUUAGGGCGUUCGCAACCAGGCCAAACAUUCCACGUUCCACGGACGGUCGGAGAGAGUCCUCUGUUCAAGAAGAUGCUCUUUCCCCCCCGUGAACGUAUAACAAUGCCUUGCUAGAGUAGAUUUAAGAACGUUUUUUUACACCCACAACAAUUGACAGCCGUUUUUUUUCGCCAUUCUGGAGGAAAACGAACCGUUUUAAUAGCAUAUGGAAGUGCGCGUAAAUCGUGCUGAAUUGUAGGUUAGAUCAGUAAUCUCGUGAAGAAAAAGAAUCCGUCCAACAGUAGGAAUAAAAUGCAAUACACGUUUGCAGCCCAAAUCGUGCUUGGCUCAUUAAAUGUUCA